GGUAUCCGUACUUGAGUGUUACUCUAAGGUUCUCCACCUCCACCUCCACCUCCACCCUCAUGCCGCAAACGACGUUCUUUGCCAUUCCUGCCACCCCUACCACAGUGCUUUCACAUGCAGCUUGUUGUGCUCGCGAUAAUAAGUAUAAUAGCCAAACUGGGCGUUUUGUCCAUGGAUGCCACGAGGAACCCACGCUAAUGCCGUGCUGUUGGAGUAGUAUCUCUGCUACCCCUAUUUCGGCAUCUCAACCGAGAGGCCCCGCGGGUAAAGCUUUCCGCUGCACCCAUGGACGGGUCCUCCAGCCAUGAGACGCGCCGACCGCGAAACUGAGACUCAACUGCCGCGUCCCAGCAAGGAACGGUUCGCUUGGGCGUUAUUGAGCACCUACUUGGCCACAUGGCUGCAUGAGAAGUCCGUGUCUGCUCAAUGCUGAAUGCGAGGUCGGACUUGAGCGGGGCU